GACUAAUUAAUUAUUGCUGAUUAAUUUUUCUCCACAAUACUCAAUCUAUCAUUAUACGGAAACUCUGUAGUGUAAUGCGACAAAUGUUCCUAUAGCUCUAGUAUUUUAUGGCAAAUGAGAGGGAAUAAACGUCAGACAAAGACCGACAGAAUCGACCACAUGGCUGUGUUGACAACGAGUACCCCCAAGCAACGAUUGAGCUUCACAUCCGCCAAGAAGAAUCCAAUUACUGCUAAACUGACUGAUGCGACUAGAACAAGGGAUGUUUCAUCAUCAAAAAGGACACCUACAAGCUUGCAGAAAGAUGUUUUAUUGGGUUCAACUAGAAGCUAUGAACAGACACCCAGUGGUGUACGAGAUGGACGGUCUAGGAACGAGGUCAAGGCCCUUCAAGAAGAAAAUAAUGAGUUGAAAGCUGAACUUUCAUACAUCAAGUCACUAUAUCAACAGUUGAUAAGCGAGGGUCCACAGGAGAAGUUUGAUGAACGAAGAGUCACUCUUCUAAAAUCCCAGUGUAUACAACUAGAACGGCAGGUUGUUCUUCUAUUUUCAGCUCUGAAUUCCAGAAAAGACAUGAUGAUUGAAAUGGAAGGGCAGCUUAUUAGAGUUCAGAAUCAGUUAGGUUUUUUACAGCAUGCGGCUGACCCUUCAAUGUUGGAUAGCCUGACAGACCUACAGCAGACAGUGGAAGGGAUGAGAUGCUUUCUGCACAAAACAGCAGAGGCAACUAACCCAGACAUGCUAGAGCUGCCUGCGCUAAUGAUUGACAAGUUCCUCAAGCGUCGGCAACAGUUUGACAGUGAGCUGACACUUCUUGAUAUCUGCAGCGGCAAGUUGGAUCACCUGAAUCUUAAACAUGUGUCUAAGCUAGAAUCCAAAUUGUGCAAAACCUACAAACAGAUGCUUCUCCUGAAGGAAGUGCUAAGCAACAGUACAUCACAACAGACCACAAGGAUAGCACAGCAAACCGAGCACCUGGCACUGCCAAUCAGAGAGCGGCUUGCUAAUCAUGUGACCACCACUACUCACAUGCUGGGGGAAGCGUGCCAGGAUCUGCUGUCGCUGUCUGUGCUGUUUCCUGCUGCACCUUGGCCUCCACUCAAGAAGAAGAUUCGUUCAGACUUCACCUUGGAAAAUAUCAUGGCUCACAUGCCUCAAGGGCUGAGUCGUAAGAGAGAGCAAGAGAUUCAUUCAGUUGUUGAUGCUCUUCUCAAAGCUGUUAGCUACAACCGCCACAUGCUUGCAAUCGAGGUGAAGGUUCUCAAGGAGGAGUUAGCAUUUCAUCAGCAGGUGUAUGAUCUUCAAGUGGACUAUUCAGACUCACUACUGGAUGCAGUAAGAUCUGCAUAUAGACAGUUUGAACAAAGUACUCUGGAGAUGUUAUGCCAGCCUUUAGAUGGGAUUCUAAAUAGCUAUGAGCAUCUGAAGUCCACCACAUCUGAGGAGGCACUGAGAGACUUCCUGACAGCAUUCAAGGACAACUCAGACAAGUUGUCAGAUGCUAUAGAAUGUCUCAAGGCUCAUGGGAGUCAAGAACAAGGAUCUGAUGAUGCGCUCUCUCGAUUUGGUAAUCAUUUCCUUGCAUCUCUCUGCAAGUUGACCAAACAGUGCACCAAAAGAAGGGAUGAAUUGAUGGCAGAGUUAUUGGAAGCGCAGGAAGUAGAGCAAGAAAGUUCUUCUGCAGCAGUAACUACUUUGGAUGGUACAUGCAAUGAACAGUCAAGGACAUCAACAAGUUUAAAUGAUCAAACUACUUAACAGUCAUGGGUCUCUACACUGUCUAGUGAUAGAGAUAAUGAGCCCUCCUACUAGACUAUCAAGUGACAAGUCCGAGGUGGCCAGUCUUGGUCAAUCCGUAGCUAGCCUAUGUAUUUAGAGGAGGAAAUUAUUUUUAUGAUAAAUAUCAGAAACCAAUACCCUUUUAGCAGAGCUUUCUUCCUGUUUGUUUCUAUCAGUUCACUUAUCUGUGUAAUGCUCUGUUCUUUCGUGUUCUUUGUUUGUUUGUCUGUGCGGACAAGGCUAUGAUUUGGUAGCUAACCUACCUCCUUUUUAACCCCAUUUUUCUCUGAAGCUAAAUGGCCACUUAAGAAAUUGGGGGACUAAGAGAAUUGGCUAAAAAUAGUAACCGGAAUUCUGGCCUCUAAUUCUAAAUAUUUUUUUUACUGAUUGCAUUUAGCACAGAAAUCUAUCUGAUAUUUUAAUAAGACCAUUUUUGCUGGCCAUGUUUUUUUUUUGUUUUUGUGCCACUGUUCUAUUAAUAUUAUUAUUGAUUCAAAAAGUGCAUAAUCAAAGAAUAUUAGUCCAGAAGUGAAGUAAACGUAAAACAAAUGAGAGCAAAGUUAAGAUAAUGCUCCAAAGUGUAUUCCCUUGAAUGAAAACCACUCAAAGACAAUGUCUUCUCUUGUACUGUACCUUUUGGAACCCAAAAACAACUAAGCAAAAGAAUGUCUGAAAGUCUUUAUUAUUUAAAAAUGUCAAAUGUAUGAUUGCACUUGAACUGUAAAUAUCAUGAGGCUGCACAAAAAAAAAACAUAAGAGGGCUCAAAA